AUGGUCGAACAGUGGGCUCGCUUGAUUUCAGAUGAUAUCUGGCGCGCUUUGACUGCUGCUGGAGUUGAAUCUGCUGAGGAUUUAGCCUAUCUUUUCGUGUCGGAGGAUGAAGCCCGCGAGUGGGCCGUUCUGCAGCAGUGUUCUCAUUCCGCUGAUAAUUUCGUCGCUGCUUGGUCUAUCGUGCGGAGACUGGUCGAUGAGGACAGGACUGUUGUUGAUCGUGUUCUGGCCGCGGAAUUGGCGCGUCGUCGCGCUACUCCCAAGGCCCGGCCGGUCAGGGCAGUCUCAUCUUCUGCUCCCCCGGAGCAGCUUUUCAAGAAGCGGCGAGCAGCUGUUACUGAUAGCGUUACAGGUCUGGAGGGAGUCCGUGUUUUGGAUUAUGCACCUUCAUCGAGUGUCGGCCUUAAUCUCCCUGUCUCUCGGGAGCGAGAUAGACUCUGGAAGCUCUGGGUGCGGUCUGGGUCGGACAAUUUGCGCUAUCAGGCUUUGUUACAGGAUGGCACUCUGGUUUCGAAUGCUUCGGAAUGCCCGCUUGCCUGGGUCUUGUCGAAGUUCGAAAAAUUCUCCGAUGAUCAGCUCAAGGCUCCUUUGCGGGCCUGGGAUCGUUGGGAAGCUUGGCAGGCUGCGACCUGCCCCCAGGCCAAUCUUUUUCGGCCGGAUGCUAUCUCUCUGUUUCAGUUUAUUGAACAGGAAUUCGUCAUGGGCAAAGCCAGGGGUCAACCGGUGACCCAGGCCAGGGUCGUGGAACCAGCCUUUGUGAUAGGCCUUCUCUUCGCUUUGGCUAGG